CGGGCAUCGCGUCUUCGGUAGGCGGUCCCAUUGGUGAACCGUGCUUUGCUUUAUGCGCACACUUUUCUGUUUUUUUCUGAACCAACGCGCCUUCCCUACCUGCUUUCUUUGGUUCUCACCGACUGAUACCAAGCUUUCACCGCAACUUGCUGAUGAUGACGCAUGGGGAAAGAGAUGGAUGCAAGAUGGCGAAUGGAAGGAUGAUUGUUCUAGAGUGUGUGUGGGUGGGGAAGCAAGCGCGUCUAUGGCAUCUUCCCUUGAUUGUUGUCAGACAUGCAAACAUCAACUUCAUCUUUUGAAUGCAUCUCUCUAUAGGAACGCGUGUUAUGUUGUGGGGUCCUAUAUCGGUAACAACGAAGGUAACUCUUGGGCGUCCCAACUCAAUAUGACAGUGUGAGAUGUUCCUCAUCCAGUAUGCAGAUGGUCUUUAGUGGAAGAACGUGGGUAGUAUUUCGAUUCUCUGUGGCAAAAAGGUGGAAUCCUAAGGCAUCUCCAUACUUUCUCUAUCAAACGCGUUCAUACACUUCCUAAAUCUGAUAUGCA